CGGCAAAGCUGCAUCACUCCCGAUAAAAGAAACUUUGCAAAGAUACAGCACAACAAAGCAACGUCUCCCAUUUCGUCAGAGCCUUUGUGUACUUCAUGCUUGACCAAUUUGCUUCUCCCUGCUCUAGUUCUGAUUGGUUUUGUGGUUGCAGCAAGAAAAUCGCCUCUGCAACAGCGGACUGUGAAGUUACAGAUAAUGACCGUGUGUUCUGUGAACAACAUGAUAUAUUUUAUCACAGCGUUUCAGGUCUGCAGAACCGGCACCAGAGACUUCUCCUUUUGGGAAAAUGCCUUCCCUCGGUGCUCCAGAGGAACAGCUUCUUCCUCUUCACUGCCAUUCCCGUUCUGUGCCUGCAUUGUCUGGCACACAGCACAGACAGAAAGCAGAACAGCAUUACAACGGGCUGUGUGCUUUGUUUAAUGCUAACGGCACGGCAUUCUAACAACCGACUCAGAAGUUUGAUCUCAUUUGCAACAGAAGUCACCAGUUUUGCAGUAAGAUAGCAAGGGUACAAGCCCAGUGCAUCGCUUCAUAACUCCAAUCCAUACUAAAGAAGAACACAGAGUGCCCUUAGGGGCUGAUGAAGGAAAGCCUCCCAGCUGCCGCCGCUGCAGCCGCAGCAUUCCCUGCCUUCUUUCCAAAUGGAACCAAGCUGUACCCCACGUCACCGGCUGCCAACUUCAGAUAUUGUACGCAGUCGAGCAAGAAACACAACGGACGAGGCGCCACCGCAGACCCGCGGGGCCGGGCCGGGCUGAGCCGCAACCCGCACUCACCCGCCGCCGCCGCCGCCGCCGCCGCCGCCAUCUUCCCGUUGCCAGGCGACGCGACAACAGCCGGUCACGUGACGGCCGGGCGCGACCACCUCGCCCCGCUGUGGGGGGGCAUGGGGGCCGGGGGGUUCGGGCCGCACCACCUCGCGCCGCAGAGCCGGGGGGGAACGGGCCGCGCCGCCUCAGCUCAGCGCUGCCCCCCGGCCCCGCUGCUGGCACAGGUACCGGGGUACCGGGGUAACGGGGCCGGGGCGGGCGGGGCGAGGCGGAACGGAGGGGGGCGGGGCCUUUUCGCCCUUCCCGCAGCUCCCCGCCGGCACGGAGGCGGUUACCGGGUGCCCUGA